CGGGCAACCGGAGAGCGGAACCUGGGGAAGCGAAGCCCCACCAUGGCCGGGCUGGUCGGGAGCCUCCGAUUGUUUGUCCUCUUCCAGGCGCUCAGCCUCUCCCUGGCUCAGAUUAGAGGCCCGCCAGGAGAACCAGGGCCCCCCGGUCCCCCAGGUCCACCAGGAGUGCCAGGCUCAGACGGCCUUGACGGUGACAAGGGACCCCCUGGAAAACCUGGAUUUCCGGGACAAAAAGGUGACCCAGGAAAGCCGGGUCCAAAUGGGCCAGAUGGGAAGCCAGGGAUUGACGGCCUCACCGGAGCGAAGGGAGAGCCAGGUUCAGGGACCCCUGGAGCUAAGGGCCAGCCCGGCCUCCCCGGCCCCCCGGGUCUGCCGGGCCCUGGCUUUGCAGGACCUCAGGGACCUCCAGGACCAGUUGGACUUCCUGGAGAAAUUGGCAUCCCUGGGCCCAAGGGGGACCCCGGACCUGAGGGACCAUCAGGCCCUCCUGGACCUCCAGGAAAGCCCGGCCGUCCUGGGACCAUCCAGGGCCUUGAAGGCAGUGCUGACUUCCUGUGUCCGACCAACUGCCCAGCUGGUGUGAAGGGGCCACAGGGGCUGCAGGGGGUGAAGGGACAUCCAGGCCGCCGGGGACCCCUGGGAGAGCCAGGCAGACAAGGGAAGCCAGGUCCCAAAGGAGAUGUGGGUGCCUCCGGUGAGCAGGGAAUUCCUGGCCCUCCGGGCCCCCCGGGCGUCAGGGGCUACCCAGGCGUAGAUGGAGCCAAAGGAGAGAUGGGUCCCCAAGGCUACAAGGGGAUGCUUGGGUCCAUCGGUGCCGCUGGGAAGCCCGGUGAGGAGGGUCCCCGGGGAUCACCAGGCAGAGCUGGGGAGAAGGGAGAUGUGGGCAGUCAAGGUGUUCCAGGCCCCCAGGGAAGUGGGGGACCCAAGGGUGAGAACGGCCUACCUGGCAUUGAUGGCAAGGAUGGGACACCUGGAAUUCCCGGGGUGAAGGGCAGUGCCGGACAGCCUGGGCGGCCCGGAAACCCCGGUCACCAAGGACUGGCGGGUUUGCCAGGUCAGCCAGGGACUAAAGGGGAGCCGGGAGACAAGGGUGAGCCUGGCCAGAGGGGCUUCCCAGGAUUGUCUGGCCCCCCCGGGAAACCGGGUGAGCCUGGGCCUCAAGGAGAAGUCGGCCCCCAAGGCAUCCCAGGGCUGAAGGGGGACCAAGGCGAGAGAGGCCCCGUGGGGCAACCAGGCCUACAAGGGAAAGCUGGUGCCAAGGGGGAGCAGGGGCCUCCAGGGAUCCCGGGGCCCCAAGGUCUGCCAGGCAUCAAAGGAAACAAGGGCUUCCCAGGGAAGAUCGGUGCCAGAGGCAGUAGUGGUGAUCCAGGUGUGGAAGGUCUCCCUGGGGAGAAAGGAGAGAAGGGAGAGUCUGGAGAACCGGGCCCCAAGGGACAGCAAGGCAUCCGUGGGGAGACAGGCUUCCCAGGUCCCACAGGGGAUGCAGGAGCCCCUGGAGUGCAGGGUUACCCAGGACCUCCAGGGCCUCGAGGGAUCACUGGAGAAAGGGGUAUCCCAGGUCUGCCUGGAAGACAAGGCGUAGCGGGCCGGGAUGCCAGUGACCAGCACAUCGUGGAUGUGGUGCUGAAGAUGAUGCAAGAACAGCUGGCUGAAGUGGCAGUGAGUGCCAAGCGAGAGGCCUUGGGUGGCGUAGGGGGAAUGGGUCCCCCAGGUCCCCCAGGCCCUCCUGGAUACCCAGGGAAGCAAGGUGCACAUGGACAUCCAGGCCCCCGAGGCAUUCCUGGUAUCAUAGGAGCUGUGGGACAGAUCGGCAACACGGGGCCCAAGGGGAGACGUGGAGAGAAAGGAGAACGAGGUGAUGAGGGUCGUGGGCAUCCAGGACAGCCAGGGCCUCCAGGAAUUCCCGGACUUCCUGGUCGGCCAGGCCAGGCCAUCAAUGGCAAAGAUGGAGACCGUGGAUCACCGGGUGCCCCAGGAGAGGGCGGUCGGCCUGGCCUGCCUGGCCCUGUGGGGCUCCCCGGCUACUGUGACCCUGCAGCUUGCCUUGGGGCCUCAGCUUAUGCUUCGGCCCGCCUCACAGAACCAGGGACCAUCAAGGGGCCCUGAAAAGGCCAGAGCAACAGGGGUGGGCCCUGUCUCCCUUGCCCAGUGCUCACCCACCCUCUCAGACAGCCCCCUGGUCCAGAGGACACCGAUUUAAAGCUGAGGAUGCAGGGGACGCAGGGGUUCAGAGACUGGUAGUCUACCUUGAGCAUCUUGAGAAAUUCCAAAUGAAGAAGCCAUGAGGGGGAAGAUCAGGUAGACUCCAGGACUGAAAGGUUCGGGCGACUGUUUCUUACCUUGGAUCUCAAACUUACCCCCCUGGACUCCCUCUCCAGAUAAACAUCUCCUUCCCCCACUCUUCUCUCCAUUCCCCGUCCUCUGGACACACUGGAUGGAGGGAGGGAGAGAGGCUCCUGGUCUUGGUCCCUUUUCCAGGAUAGACCGGUCAUCCUGCUCUUGCUCACUGACAUUCUGGGGCAGAAGUGCCCUCAGACCAGCAGUUCCCCCUUCUCCCCCUCCAGCUCUGUGAGAUUAUUUAAAUACGCCCCCUUCUCCAUCUAGAGCUGGGAAUACCUGGCCAGAGCUCUGCAGAUCCAGGCUCCCCUGUCCAGAAGGGGAUGAGAUGGCAGGGGCCAGGGCUCUUGGGCCAAAGGCUGCGGCCUGCAAUGGGAGGUGGGGUAAGAGUAUGGGGCUACAAUUGGGGAGAGUCCCGAGCCACCGGAAAACCGCAGGGAGUGGUCACCUUCAGAUUCCUACUGUGCAUACCUGCAACACUGUACAAUAAACUCCCCCACCUGCCCAACCAA